GACGUCGUAUUUUGGCAUAAAUAGAAAAAUCCAUCUUAAAAAUCGGAACAAAUUCUCCUCUCCCUAAACCCUAAACCCAACAAUGGUCUUCCUCCAGCGCUCCAAAGCCCUCUCCGUUCUCCUCCGAACCCGUGUUUUCAUGCGAAACAUGGGAGGCGGUCCACGGACCUUUCCCGGCGGCCUAAACAAGUGGCAAUGGAAGCGGCUCCACGAGAAAAAAGCCAAGGAGAAAGAGAAGAAACUCCUCCACCAAGAGAAGCAACUUUACGAAUCCAGAAUCCGGUCUCAAAUCCGGGCCAAACUAGCCGGUAAACCCGACCCGAGUUCAAAUCCAACCGAGUAUAACCCCAUGAGCCCCGACGAUCACAUCAAAUCCCUAGCUGAUAGAUUCAUGAAGCAAGGGGCAGAGGAUUUGUGGAACGAAAACGACGGCCCAUUGAAAUCAGAGGAACAGGAACAUUCACGAUUUAUUGAAACGGCAAGGAAUCGACAAUCAAGAUUACUUCAUUCGCCGCUUGAUCUGAAGAGUCUAAUUGCUGAUGAACGUAGAGAAAAUGCUAAAUUAGGUGUCGUAAUUAGUAGUAAUUUUGUUAAGAGUAGAAGCUAUUCAGUUCAAAGUGACAGGAAAUUCAGGAUGAAUGAGAGUUCCUUUGGUGGGAUUCGGUCAUGUUUCGAUUCAAAGUACGAUUCAAUGAACCUUUUGGGGCGUAAUAUAGCAAAUAGGACGUUGAAGAAAAACUCGCAUUCUUCUAAUCAACAUGAAUCUGAUUUUGUUUCGAAUGAUCAUUCCUUGAGGUGUUUUGGCCGUGGUGAUCCUGGUGGUAACCGUGAGAAUGUGAAUUUUGAGAAUAUUAGGAAGUUUAUAAAGAAAAGGAAUAGUUUGGGGAGGAGGAGGUUUAGGAGGAAUGAAAGCUCAUCGAGUGAUGAUGAAUGGGAUUCGGAUUUGGAAGAUGAAGCUGAAGGAGUGGAGGGUUGGAGGGAUGUUAGGAAGUUGGGGAGUAGUGCAUCGUUGGGGAAGUAUGAUGUGAAGAUAACAAAGAGAGUUCCACUAAAGGAACUUGAGAAGGAGAGUGAUUUUUCGGAGCAAGUGGAGUUGCUUAGGAAGGAGUUGGCUAAGAAGAAGUUGGCUGAAAAUGGAGAGAAGAAGGGGGAGGGAGAAACGAUUUAUAGUAAAAAAAGAUUUGAUGACUGUGGUAUAUCCCCAUUGACAGUCAAGGCACUUUCUGCAGCUGGAUAUUUUCAGAUGACUCGAGUACAGGAGGCAACUCUUUCUGUUUGUCUUGAGGGCAAAGAUGCUUUGGUUAAAGCUAAAACUGGCACAGGAAAAACUAUAGCUUUUCUGCUUCCGGCAAUUGAAACAGUUUUGAAGGCUGCUAGUACUAAUACCGUUCAGCGGGUGCCUCCGGUAUUCGUUCUCAUUCUUUGCCCCACUAGAGAACUUGCAAGUCAGCUAGCUGCUGAAGCAAAUGCACUGCUGAAGUAUCAUGAUGGCAUAGGUGUCCAGACUCUAGUUGGAGGAACACGUUUCAAAGUUGAUCAGAAACGCCUCGAAUCAGACCCAUGCAAGAUAAUGGUUGCAACACCUGGAAGAUUGCUGGAUCAUGUUGAGAACAAGUCAACCUUGUCUGUGCGUUUGCUGGAAUUGAAAAUGCUUAUACUUGAUGAAGCUGACCACUUAUUAGACCUGGGAUUUCGGAAAGAUGUUGAGAAAAUUGUUGAUUGUUUGCCCCGUCAAAGGCAGUCAUUGUUAUUUUCUGCAACUAUUCCGAAAGAGGUUCGUCGAAUAUCUCAGCUUGUUUUGAAAAGGGAACAUGCCUUCAUUGAUACAGUGGGUCUGGGCUGUGUAGAAACUCAUGAUAAGGUUAAGCAAUCUCUUCUUGUUGCACCACAUGAAUUGCAUUUUCAGAUAGUUCACCAGCUUUUGAAGAAGCAUAUAUCUCAAGCAUCUGAUUACAAGGUCAUUGUUUUCUGUGCAACCGGGAUGGUAACAUCACUGAUGUAUUUGCUUCUUAGAGAAAUGAACAUGAAUGUUAGAGAGAUCCAUUCCAGAAAACCUCAACUUUAUCGAACUCGUAUAGCUGAUGAAUUCAGGGAAUCUAAGAGACUAAUUCUUGUUACAUCUGAUGUAUCAGCACGAGGAAUGGAUUAUCCUGAUGUCACUUUGGUUAUUCAGGUGGGAAUUCCUACUGACCGAGAGCAAUAUAUACACCGCCUAGGAAGAACAGGACGGGAAGGCAAGGAUGGAGAAGGUAUCUUAUUGAUUGCACCCUGGGAAGAGUUUUUCUUGGAUGAAAUUAAGGAAUUGCCUCUAGAGAAGCUCUCUUUACCACAUUUGGAUCCGGAUGUUAAACAACAGCUGGAGUUUUCAGUGGCAAAGAUUGAUGGUAGUAUCAAAGAAGCAGCAUAUCAUGCUUGGCUCGGUUAUUAUAACUCAAUCAGAGAAAUUGGCAGAGAUAAAACUACACUUGUUGAGCUGGCCAACCAGUUUUCCCAGUCAAUUGGCUUGCAAAGACCUCCUUCCCUUUUCAGGAAGACAGCUCUAAAAAUGGGUUUGAAAGGUAUACCUGGAAUCCGAAUCCGAAAAUAGCAGUGACUGAAGUAGUUUAAUUUAAGUUGUUGAGGAUGAAUAUUGUGGAUCAAGAACAUAGACAACUGCUACUCAAUCUGGCACAAAGAACAUAUAAGUCUAGCUCCUGCCUUUUUUUUUUUUUUUUCUUUUUCCCUUCAAUUUGGCGCGACUAUCUUCUCACAUUUGUACUUGCGCUGAAAGGUCAUUCUAUUGAAUUGCGUCAGUGAUGCGUAUGUUCUAGGAUCUUGGGUUCUUUAUGAAGCACUGCUGUUACAUCUCAAAGAUGUGCAUUUGUACAUCAAAUUGGUAUUCUAAAUGUGAUCGUUGCUUUAUAAUUUUACUUUGUGUUUUGGUGUCCAUUUCCGCUUUACAAUCAAAUUUCCAUAUCUUACAUGCUUCUUCCCAAUUUCCCUUCUCUGUCACUGCUAUUCUUUUUUUAAUAUAUGUUUUUGCUAGUUAUAAACUGCAAUUUAGUGCAUGUUCCAUCGAGAAAAGUAUGUUUGAACCAUUUCUUGGGGGAUUUCCCGUGAUGUUUCCUGAAACCCUUGGGUUUUCACUUUACAAUCAAUGUUGCUUAUGAAUAAUGGUCUCUCACAAUCCAACAUGAUCGAGCAAAAUAAAGAGGAAGAAGGCCUAUGCCACUAUAUUCUUUAUCUACGCAGCUGGAACAAUCAUUAAGUUAAGCAGUUCACAAUCCAAUCCUUUCAUGUUCUUGAUAGCCGACGGUGAAAACUAUAUCUUCAACCAAUUUAAAAUGAUCAAAGCAUUGACUUCCAACCUCUUAAAAUGAUGCUUUCAGACUGUUGUUUUACUCCUAUGAAAGUAAUUAAUCUGAUCUAAUUGUAAUCGAAAGAAAAACAUAAAUGUCAUGACUUUGGAUUCAGGCAGACAAGAAAUGAUUCACAAGGUAAUGAUGUCCUUUGAGGAAAUGUGCGACUGCUGACUGCUCCUUCCACAUCGCUAGCAGACAUUAGGACUUGGAAACAGUUUGAACCCCACUCCCUCUUGUUAUCCCCACUUGUUAUCUUUGCGGGACAAAAGUUAGGCAAAGUUUACUUCGGGAAAAUGCUUGUUCAUGCAUAUUUCCUUUUUCAGAUGAUGCUGAUGCCUGGGG